GGAAUCUUAUCCAAAUCUUAUCCACGCCGGAGCUUUGCCCCGCGCAUGCCAACGCCCGAGUAUACAACGUCAGUCAAAUUGAGAUGGCCAUGAGAGCACGACAGCGGAUUCGCGCUCCGCGAAGGGGCCUCACAGCGAAUAAAGGCGACGAUUUUGAGACGAAUUGGGCCGACCUCUCGACCUCGUUGAAGAAGAUCCACACCAAAGAUGCCUCCAACCUCUCUUUCGAGCAACUGUAUCGCAACUCCUAUAAUAUCGUCCUGAUGAUGCGCGGGGAGGACCUCUACGAACGAAUCAAGAAAUUGGAACAAGACUGGCUCGACGAUGAGGUCAAGACCCGGGUGACGGCGGCAAUCUCGUCCAGCCUGCUGCUCGCGAAAGAGCUUGCGGAGGUGCAAGAUCAGGCCAAUGAGCGUCGGGAGGCCGGGGAGAGGUUUCUGGCCGCCAUGAGGGAGGCCUUUGAGGACCAUCAGCUGUGCAUGGGUAUGAUCACGGACGUGCUCAUGUAUAUGGAUCGAGUCAUGUCGACCGACCACCGCAAGCCGUCGAUUUACGCGGCAGCCAUGGCACUAUUCCGAGACCAUGUAUUACGGUCGCCGAUCCGAUCGGAUGCCAAGACGACGGUAGUGGAUGUGCUCGAGUCGACCAUCCUUUUCAUGAUCCAGCUCGAACGGUCCGGGCAGAUCAUCGACCGCCCAUUGAUCAGCCAUUGCGUCACCAUGCUGGAAGGACUAUACGAGACAAUCACCGAGGAGGAGUCGUCGAAGCUCUACCUGACCUUAUUCGAGCCGGCGUUCCUGGACGCAAGCAAAAGGUUUUACCAGGCGGAAGGACGACGCUUGCUGGAGACGGGCGAUGCCGCGACAUUCUGUAAGGUUGCCACAGACCGCCUCGCCGAAGAGACGGAGCGGUGCAUGUACACCCUCGCAUCAUCCACCGCGCCGAAGAUCAAGGAGGUUCUGGAUCGAGAACUGAUCAAGAAUAAUAUCGCGGAAGUGGUCAAUCUAGAAGGCACGGGGGUCCGGCAGAUGCUCGACAAUGAUCGCCUGGAUAGCUUGCGGAGUAUCUAUGUGCUGAGCGCACGAGUCGAUCCGAAGAAGUCCCCUCUCACAACGGCGGUCCAGAAGCGCAUCGUGGAAAUGGGCAAGGAGAUCAACGCUGGGGCAGUCGAAUUGGCACAAACACCGGCAGAGCCUAAGAAACCGGCAGACAAGGGCGAAAAAGCAAAGAAGCCGGCCGAGAAGGAGAAACCGGUCAACCAGCAGACGGCUGCCGCUAUCAAAUGGGUGGACGACAUUCUGGGUUUGAAGAAGAAGUUCGAUAACAUCUGGGAGGACUCGUUCCAAUCGGACCAUGUCAUGCAGAGUGCGAUUACUACCAGUUUCUCGGAAUUCAUCAACUCGGAAUCGCGCAGCUCGGAGUACCUGUCUCUGUUCUUCGAUGAGAAUCUGAAGAAGGGCAUCAAGGGGAAAACAGAAACAGAGGUUGAUUCGUUGCUGGACAACGGCAUCACGCUGCUUCGCUAUGUCAAAGACAAAGACAUGUUCGAGGCGUACUACAAGAAACAUCUUUCCCGUCGUCUGCUCAUGAAGCGCUCGGUAAGCAUGGACGCGGAGCGGCAGAUGAUCUCGAAGAUGAAAUUGGAGGUUGGCAAUCAGUUCACACAGCGCUUGGAAGCGAUGUUCAAGGACAUGACGAUCUCGGAGGAUCUGACGGCCAGCUACAAAGAGCACGCCAAGAAGACUGGUGACCCCAACACGAAGCGCAUCGACCUGGACAUCAACGUCCUCACUAGCACUAUGUGGCCCAUGGAGAUCAUGGCCAGUGCCACCCGUGAUAACGUGCAACUGGGCUGCAUCUACCCGAAAGAAGUAGAGAGCGUCAAACAGAGCUUCGAGCAGUAUUACUUGGGCAAACACAGCGGGCGCAAGCUCUCAUGGCAGCCCACCAUGGGCACUGCGGACAUCCGUCUAGAGUUCCCGCGAUCGAACGGCAAGAUUCAAAGACACGAGCUCAACGUUUCCACAUACGCCAUGGUCAUCUUGCUUUUGUUUAACGAUGUGCCCACGGGCGAAUUCUUGACCUACACCGAUAUCAAAGAGCGCACGCGGAUUACCGACCAUGACCUCAUUCGCAACCUGCAAGCACUUGCGGUGGCGCAGAAGACCCGGGUCCUGCGCAAAGAGCCGAUGAGCAGAGAUGUCAAACCCACGGACAAGUUCUUCUUCAACAACGACUUCCAGAGCCCAUUCUUGAAGGUCCGCAUCGGCGUCGUGAGCGGCAGUGCCAACAAGGUCGAGAGUCAGGAUCAGCGGAAGGAGACGGAGAAGAAGAUGAGCGAAGAGCGUGGCGCCAGCAUCGAGGCCGCUAUUGUGCGGAUCAUGAAGCAACGCAAAUCCUUAACCCAUUCCAAACUCAUGACGGAAGUCCUGAGUCAGCUGUCUGCGCGGUUUGUGCCCGAUGUCAACAUGAUCAAGAAGCGCAUCGAGAGCUUGAUUGACCGCGAGUAUUUGGAGCGUGUUGAGGAAGAUCCUCCCACGUACGGAUACGUCGCAUGAUUGGAAUGAUCUUUGAAUGUUGGUUUUUUUUUUCUUCUUGUGGGUUUUAGUUAUCGCCAUCGAAGCGAAUUGAGAGCAGGGAACGAAAUGGGUCUUGAGCUUAGCGUUGAGGGCGCAAAGGCGAACCAUAUAGACUUUUUUCUGUCUUGUUGCAUUUCCACCGGCAGGGGGUUCUGCUUUUGUUUAAUGCAUUUUCUGGGUUUGGUUUGAAGGUUGUAGGCGUGGUGGGAUUGAGCCUGAGCCUGAGCCUGAGCCUGAGCCUGAGCCUGAGCCUGAGCCUGAGCCUGAGCCUUAGGAAUUGUUCAGUCCAAGAAUGGUCAGACAUAU